CCUCGCUGCUCCGCCCGCCUCCCGGGGCGGGGCGGGGGGACUGCGGUGCGUGCCCGUGCUCCCGCAGCGCCCGGUGCUCGCUCCGCCGCCGCCGCCAUGUACCUGUGCAGGGCCGCCUCGCAGGCGCUGGCCGCUCGCCUCAGCCGGGCUCCCUCGGCGGCGGGCCGCCUCCAGCACCGCGCACCACUUCGCCAGAUGUCAUCUGGGAGUGUUCCUGGCUCUUCUGGAGAGAACAUGAUUUACUAUCUCCUUGCUGGCGCUGCUGCUUUUGGUGGUUUAUUUUAUACCUACAAAACAGUUGGUUCAUCCCGCAGCAACUACAUUGAGCAUAUGCAUAUUCUUCAGGAGAGAGCUGAAGGGCGGAAAAGCACAUACAGGUCAGGCAAGGGUGAUGAAGAGGAAACAGCUGAAGCUGCUGGAGAAGACACAGCCACGGAAGAAGCUGAUGCAUUAGCUGCUGCUGGACCUGCAGCACAGGAUGAGAGUUCUGGGGUGUCCCCAGAAACUGGAGGGGAGAGUGACUUACCAGCUGCGGAUGCACCCCCUGCUGUGGAGGGAGAACAGCAGGAAGUUGCUGCUAAUUCAGAAGUUGCUGCUAAUUCAGAAGCUGCUGCAGCGCAAGAAACUGUGAGUGAAGUCUUGGAUGUUGCAGCUUCUUCUGACCAUGAGGAAAACUUAGACACUGUCAAGGAAGGAGUAGCCUCAGCAGUUCAAGAGAUGUCUGACACAGCCUCAAGGAACCAGGACGCUGAUGCUGAGGAGUUGGGGCAGACUUCAGAAGGUGCAAGAGUACAGCUGGUUUCUGUGGACAAAGAGACACCUGAAGAAACUGCUAAGGAACCCUAAAGUGAGCGGCACUGAAGCCCUUGAAAAGUUAAAUGGAAAUAUUUGUGGCAAUCAACCAGCCGAUUCCUGUGUGAAACCUCAUACUCCUCCCUGAAGACAUAAAACAAUCCGUGCAGUUUGUCACACCGCACGCUACUUACUAGGACCAGUAUUCAUUGCUGCAACAGACAACCUAAUACAAUUUAAGUUGGCUAGGCAGACACUUCUGUAAUUAACAUCUCUGCUUUAGAAAGUAGCACCUGGUAACAAGUGUCAAAGUGCCACCCAGCAUGUAACAAUAACUAGAUGUACUAAGAGAAGCAGUAGGCAUAACUGAAACCAUGUCAGGUGAACUUGUUUUAGCUCUUGGCUGUCUAGGUGUUUACUUUGAUAUCCUAGUUUUGGUCCAAACUGUGGUGCAUAAUUAUACCAUUGUAACAUUCCACACUGAGUAAAAAGUUUUAACUAAGCUAAGACCUUAUAAAAAUUACCUGGUAGUAUUUUUACAUUGGGUCAUGGGGGGAAAUAACAACCUUGUUUGCUCCUAAGAUUUGGAUUUGCAAUUUUUACUAUAGGACAUUUGGCUGUACGAAAUCUGAUUUUCCUCCUGCGUGAACAUUGUAAAUGCUAACCCUCCUUGCACAAUAGUAGCCAGGAGAAAACAUUUGUAAAGCUUCUGCUCUGAGAACAACAACUGUGUGCACGUAGUGGCAAUAAGGACUUUAUCACAAAUUAUAGAAACCACGAAAAUCAAAGUAAUGCUGGCUGGAGCUACCAUUGUUGAUCCACGUGGUGGCUCCUGCCAUGGGGGUGCUGGGCCCCGUUCCUACCAAACCUUGUUCAGCUUGCUGUAGACUUUGUGUUGUUCUGUCUUAGCAGCGACAUUGCAGCGGUGGCAUAACACGACGGAGGAUUGAGAGAACGCUCUUGUAUGAACUGGGAGCAACUCAGGCUCUGGUUAAGCUCCUCUGAGAGCUGGCAGGUUGCCAGCAAAAUCCCCAGGGAAGGCUAUGGCAGAGGUGUUCAGAUGGACAAGGGUUCCUAGGGAUUGAUGAUGAGCAGAAUGGCUAUGGAAGCUCAGAACAAGCUGUUAUCUGUCAAAAUAUGCUCCCCCUGAGAGGGGCAUGUUACAACCUGGGCCAAGUGUAAAACAGGGCAUGGAAAAGUAGCUACAAGAGCCUUUGCAGGCCAGUGGCCUUUUUCGCUCUUUCUCAAAAUGUACAGCCACUAAAUAAUCUUGCCUUGUUAGUAUUAAUAAUGAAAAAAAUUAUAAUGAAUAGUUUGUAAGCCUGUGUUCUCCUAACCCUCCAUUCUGCUUUAUGCAUGCACAUGAGUGAGUAUCUAUUUAAAAGUAUUUAUGGAGGUUCCCAUCACCUAAAAGCAUUACAGCCAUCAUGGAAUGGCAACAGUUCUAAGUGAGGCCCAAAUAAGAUACAUUAUAUUAU